AUGCACAACAGGUUCAAUUUAUUUUUUUAUAUAGCUCAUGUACGUGCUUGUACUUUGUACUUCAAGAAUUUAUUUAAUAAUAGGAAUUCAUACAUAUAUAUACGAAUAUUGAUUAAAUUAAUUUUUCUAGGUGGUGAAGUACCUGCAACUAAAUUAGCUGCUUUGCAGAAAGUUUUGCAGAGUGAUUUCCUUAGUGCUGUACGAGAAGUGUAUGAACAUGUAUAUGAGACUGUAGACAUUCAAGGAUCUCAGGAUGUUCGUGCAUCGGCUACUGCAAAAGCAACAGUCGCAGCUUUUGCAGCUAGUGAGGGCCACGCACAUCCGCGAGUGGUGGAACUACCGAAAACUGAGGAAGGUCUUGGUUUUAACGUAAUGGGAGGCAAGGAACAAAAUUCACCGAUUUAUAUUUCACGAAUUAUUCCUGGAGGGGUUGCCGAUCGUCACGGUGGCUUGAAACGGGGUGAUCAGUUAUUAUCUGUUAACGGAGUGUGCGUGGAAGGCGAGAAUCAUGAGAAAGCAGUAGAAUUGCUGAAGCAAGCACAGAAUUCUGUGAAGCUGGUCGUACGUUACACUCCGCGAGUUUUAGAAGAAAUGGAAUUACGCUUUGACAAGCAAAGGGCAGCACGUAGGCGUCAACAUAUGCAAUAAAAUCGAACGUUGUUACAUUUAAUCGUCCCCUUCCAAUGAACAAAUCAUAUGCAUAUU